AUGAGUGAGAAAACAAUUUUUUAUCUACGUCAUUGUCAGGCCGAACACAAUGUUAAUAAUGAAUAUAAUAUUCAAGAUCCUCGUUUAACGCAAAUCGGUAUUGAACAUGCCAAAAAAAUUAUUUUACCACCCAAUCUUGAGCUGGUUGUUUGUUCACCAUUUGUUCGUACACUUCAAACAUAUCAAAUUUUAUUUCCUGGUAAAGAAAUACCGUUAAUUAUCGAACCUGAUCUUCAAGAAGUUUCAAUGUGUGAAUGUGAUAUUGGUAGUUCAGUUGAAACUCUCGUUGAACAAUUUCCUGAUCUAGCCAGAGAACUUCAACGUGAUCUUAAACAUGAUUGGAAUGAAAAAACAAAAGAUCAAUGUACAAAAGAAGCAAUUCAAAAACGUGCCGAAAAAAUUCGAUAUUUGUUACACAAGAGAUCAGAACGAAAAAUUUUGGUAAUAUCGCAUAAUUGUUUCUUGCAUGGGUUGGUAGGUGAACAUUUCGAAAAUGGAGAGAUUAAAGAGCAAUUUGCUAAUGAACAAUUGAAAACUUACUCAGUUGCUCCACAUCCGCAAAAAUCAAGAAGCUAA